UUGAAUCCAUCUGUGGAGAGGUCAGCUGUACUAGGUCCAGAUGUCAUGGAACAUGUACCCUGAGAAUCAAAGACCUGAGACAGAGUGACUCUGCUGUCUACAAGUUUAGGUUCACAACAAACCAACCAGAUGGGGAAUAUACUGGUGACCCUGGAGUGACGUUAACAGACCCAGACCUCCAGGUGAAUGUGUCCUUUCCUCACCCUACCGAUCCUACCUGGGCAGAGCUGGAGUGUCACAGUAUGUGUGGUCUAGCUGGUGACCCUCCCUACAUCUGGUCCAGGAAUGGACAGAAUGUAGGACAGGGAGUGAACUACUGGGCCUACAUUCAGUCUGGAGACAGCUUCUCAUGUGCUGUUGAAGGAUACGAACAUCUCCGCUCUCCUUUAGUGUACGCUCCAAAGACCCCCUCAGUGACCGUGAGUCCCUCUGGUGAAAUAGAGGAGGGCAGUUCAGUGACUCUGAGCUGCAGCAGUGAUGCCAACCCAGCAGCUGAGUACACCUGGUUCAAGGACAACCACCUUCUGCUCUGGGGACCAAGUCAACCUCUUACCUUCCCCUCAGUCCGCCCUGAAGACAGAGGAACGUACCGCUGUCACGCAAAGAACCAAUAUGGACAACUGAGCUCUAACUCGAUAUUCAUGGAUGUCCAGUACGCUCCAAAGACCCCCUCAGUGACCGUGAGUCCCUCUGGUGAAAUAGAGGAGGGCAGUUCAGUGACUCUGAGCUGCAGCAGUGAUGCUAACCCGGUAGCUACCUACACUUGGUUCAGGGAUAUUACUGAUCGUUACUCUAGCCACAUGAACCAGGGACCACAGCUCAUCAUUAGCUACAUCUGGUCUUCAGACUCUGGACAAUAUCGCUGUGACGCUACGAAUAAGCUGGGGAAAAAAUCAUUCACCAAGUCUGUUGAUGUUCAAUACGCUCCAAAGACCCCCUCAGUGACCGUGAGUCCCCCUGGUGAAAUAAAGGAGGGCAGUUCAGUGACUCUGAGCUGCAGCAGUGAUGCCAACCCAGCAGCUAAGUACACCUGGUUCAAGGUUGAUACAGAUCGUUCCUCCAGAAAGAAGAACCAGGGACCACAACUCGUCUUUAGCUACAUCGUGUCUUCAGACUCUGGACAGUAUCGCUGUAAGGCUCAGAAUACGAUAGGGAAAAGUUAUGUCGACAACACUAUUGAUGUUAAAUAUGGGCCUAAACACACAUUUUUGUCAUCAAGUUCCUCUGGUGAAAUAGAGGAGGGCAGUUCAGUGACUCUGAGCUGCAGCAGUGAUGCCAACCCAGCAGCUGAGUACACCUGGUUCAAGAACAACCAACCUCUGCUCUGGGGACCAAGUCAACGUCAUACCUUCCCCUCAGUCCGCCCUAAAGACAGAGGAACGUACCACUGUCAAGCAGGGAACCAAUAUGGACAUUUGAGCUCUAACUCAAUGUUCUUAAAUGUUACAUACGCUCCAAAGACCCCCUCAGUGACCGUGAGUCCCUCUGGUGAAAUAGAGGAGGGCAGUUCAGUGACUCUGAGCUGCAGCAGUGAUGCCAACCCAGCAGCUGAGUACACCUGGUUCAGGGAACAUGAAGACUCAGUGAAAGCAUCAGGACAGAACUACUCCAUCACUAAUAUCACAUCUGAGCUUGGAGGAAACUAUUUCUGCCAAGCACAUAAUGCAAUCGGACAUCAUAAUUCCACCUUUCUGUUAAUUAAAGUUUGUAUUCAGUGUUUGAAAUCGACAUCAUCAUCAUGGACAACAACAUUAGCUGUGAGAGGCAUUGUUGUCUCACUGGCCACCGUACUCCUCCUUGUCUUCCUCUGGAUGAGAAGAAAGAGGGCCUCCAGUAAAGCAUGUGGACAGGGAGGAAGGCCAUAUACCGUGGAGGAGCUACAUCCUGUUCCUGUGUAUGAAAACGUCUCAGCUCUGACCAAUCGCUUGGCGCCUGCAGCACAGAGAGAACCAAUAAAAGAGCAGGAUGGCCAUCACUGUGCCAUCAUCCACACCUCUUCCUCAGACAACCAGGACCAGGACCAGACGGAGAUGGGAGGAACCUCAGAGUUGUAAGCACCGUCAAAUAAACACCCCAGAGUGUGAACCAGCAGCGGCAGCAGGAUUUAAAUGGUGUUACUGAGCAUAGUGUCUGAUUCAUCCAGUUGAAACAGGACAAUAGGAUGGCUGAUUGUUUGCUGAACAUCCUAAGGCUGUUUUCCACUGUUUUCUACUUUUCUAUCAUAAAUAUGGGAUCUUUGCAUUUUAUUAAUGGUAAUAUUAAUAUUUGAGUAUGGUGAUCCUGUGAUGUCAUUACCAUUACUGUGCUAUAUUAAUCAAUUAUAUAUAUAUUACGGUAAUCAAUCAAUGUGAAAAUGAAAGUAUCCAAUCUCAUUGGACCUUCGACCUUAUGUGAUGCUUACAUUAACAUAAAAAUGUUUUUCAUGCCUCAUUCUGAUAUUUUUUGAUUUCAACGCUUUUUUUAAUAAAUGACUACUUUUAA